AACAAUGGAGCACCAAAGCUUUAAAACAAACCCAAAAAACAAAGCAGUGUUUCAAGAACAGAAUAUCGGCAAAAAUGUUCAUUGAGAGCUUUAAGGUUGAGAGUCCAUAUGUCAAGUACACAGACAAUGCAAUCCAGUCGGUGUACAACUAUGAGACUACUGAGCUUGUUCAUGAGAACAGGGAUGGAACCUAUCAAUGGGUUGUCAAGCCCAAGACUGUUAAAUAUGAAUUCAGAACUGAUAUCCAUGUCCCUAAACUGGGGGUAAUGCUUGUUGGAUGGGGAGGAAACAAUGGCUCAACCCUGACUGGUGGUGUUAUAGCUAACCGAUGGGGAGUGUCCUGGGCCACUAAGGACAAGGUGCAACAAGCUAAUUACUUUGGUUCACUUACUCAAGCAUCAACUAUCCGAGUUGGGUCUUACAACGGGGAGGAGAUUUAUGCUCCUUUUAAGAGCCUUCUUCCUAUGGUCAACCCAGAGGAUAUUGUAUUUGGAGGAUGGGACAUAAGUGACAUGAACCUUGCUGAUGCAAUGGCUAGAGCCAAGGUCUUUGACAUUGAUCUGCAAAAACAGCUAAGGCCCUACAUGGAAUCCAUGGUCCCACUCCCUGGAAUAUACGACCCAGAUUUCAUUGCUGCCAACCAAGGUGAACGUGCCAAUAACGUCAUCAAGGGUACCAAGAAAGAACAAGUUCAGCAAAUCAUUAAAGAUAUUAGGGAGUUCAAGGAGAAAAACAAGGUGGACAAGGUGGUUGUACUCUGGACUGCAAACACUGAGAGGUACAGCAAUGUCGUUGUGGGGCUAAACGACACCAUGGAGAACCUGUUGGCUUCUUUUGAGAAGAAUGAGUCAGAGAUUUCUCCUUCCACUUUGUACGCUAUCGCUUGUGUUUUUGAGGAUGUUCCCUUCAUCAAUGGAAGCCCACAAAACACAUUUGUUCCAGGGUUAAUUGAUUUGGCUAUCCAGAGGAACUGUCUGAUUGGAGGAGACGAUUUUAAGAGUGGCCAGACCAAGAUGAAAUCCGUUCUAGUGGAUUUCCUUGUUGGGGCUGGUAUCAAGCCAACAUCAAUAGUGAGCUACAACCAUCUGGGAAACAAUGAUGGCAUGAAUCUAUCAGCUCCCCAAACUUUCCGCUCCAAGGAGAUCUCCAAGAGCAAUGUUGUGGAUGACAUGGUCUCAAGCAAUGGAAUCCUUUAUCAACCCGGUGAACAUCCUGAUCAUGUUGUGGUCAUCAAGUAUGUGCCAUAUGUUGGAGAUAGCAAGAGAGCCAUGGAUGAGUACACAUCAGAGAUAUUCAUGGGAGGCAAGAACACCAUUGUGUUGCAUAACACAUGCGAGGACUCCCUGUUGGCUGCUCCCAUCAUCCUAGAUUUGGUUCUCCUUGCUGAGCUUAGCACCAGGAUCCAGCUCAAAGCUGAAGGAGAGGGCAAGUUCCACUCUUUCCACCCUGUGGCUACUAUCCUCAGUUACCUAACCAAGGCCCCUCUUGUUCCACCAGGCACACCCGUGGUGAAUGCACUGUCAAAGCAACGUGCAAUGCUGGAGAACAUACUGAGGGCCUGUAUUGGCUUGUCCCCUGAAAACAACAUGAUUCUGGAGUACAAGUGAAAAUCGAGGAGAGAAAAAGUGGAACAAGUAUUGGUCCUUGCAACUUUAGGACCAUUUUCCCUUUCUCUUUCAUAAAAGAUGUGGUCCGUGUUGUCACACUUUGUAAUGGUUUUAUGGUUGAUAUAUUUUCAUCUUUGUUUCUCUCUCUGUUUCUUGAUGGCGCUCAUGUAACACCUCCUGUCGCUCAAGCUUGAGCAAGCAAUCUCUUUCGUGGAAAUAGAUAUGAUAAUGAUAAUAUGAAAGUUUAUUUAAUAUGUUCAA